UCUCCACCAGCAGCCAAACAAUGUGCGGUAUCUGGGCCCUAUUUGGGAGUGAUGAAUGCCUUUCUGUCCAGUGUCUAAGUGCCAUGAAGAUAGCACACAGAGGUCCUGAUGCAUUUCGAUUUGAGAACGUCAAUGGAUUCACCAACUGCUGUUUCGGUUUCCACCGCCUUGCAGUUGUUGAUCAGUUAUAUGGUAUGCAGCCUAUCCGGGUGAAGAAAUUCCCAUAUCUGUGGCUGUGUUACAAUGGAGAAAUCUACAAUUUCAAACAGUUGCAGAAGCAGUUUGGAUUUGAAUAUCAAACGUUAGUGGAUGGUGAGGUUAUCCUUCAUCUUUACAACAGAGGAGGAAUAGAGCAAACCGCAUCCAUGCUAGAUGGCGUAUUUGCUUUCAUCCUUCUGGAUACUGCAAACAGAAAAGUGUUUCUGGCAAGAGACACCUAUGGAGUCAGACCACUGUUUAAGGUGCUGACUGAUGAUGGAUUUUUGGGUGUCUGUUCUGAGGCAAAAGGACUUACCAAGUUAAAGCAUUCAACAUCCUUAUGUCCUAAAGUGGAACCAUUCCUCCCGGGUCAUUACGAAGUGUUGGAUUUAAAGCCCUCUGGCAAGGUUGCAUCAGUGGAAUUAGUAAAAUUUCAUAGCUAUAAAGAUGAACCACUCCAUGUCGCGUGUGAUACAGUGGAAACUCUGCCUUCAGGCUUUGAUCUUGAAACUGUGAAAAGCAACAUCCGUAUUCUGUUUGAAAAUGCCGUAAGAAAACGUUUGAUGGCUCACAGAAGGAUUGGUUGUCUUCUGUCAGGGGGCUUAGAUUCCAGCUUGGUUGCAGCUGUUCUUCUGAAACUGAUGAAAGAAAUGAACAUCAGUUAUCCAUUACAAACCUUUGCAAUUGGAAUGGAAAACAGUCCUGACUUGCUGGCUGCCAGAAAGGUAGCAGCACAUAUAGGCAGUGAACAUCAUGAAGUAGUAUUUAAUUCUGAAGAGGGAAUUCAGGCAAUUGAGGACGUUAUCUUCUCCUUGGAAACCUAUGAUAUAACAACAGUAAGAGCUUCAAUAGGAAUGUAUCUUGUCUCCAAAUAUAUACGGAAGAAAACGGACAGUGUGGUCAUUUUUUCAGGAGAAGGAUCAGAUGAGCUGACACAAGGAUAUAUAUAUUUCCAUAAGGCACCAUCUCCUGAAGAAGCUGCAGAGGAGAGCGAGAGGCUGCUGAAGGAGCUCUACCUCUUUGAUGUACUUCGUGCAGACAGAACUACUGCAGCACAUGGUCUUGAACUGAGAGUCCCAUUUUUGGAUCAUCGGUUUACUUCUUAUUAUUUAUCUCUACCAGCAGAGCUGCGAACUCCAAAGAAUGGAAUUGAAAAAUACCUUUUAAGGCAGUCCUUUGAAGAUUCCAACUUACUUCCCAAAGAAAUACUCUGGAGACCCAAAGAAGCUUUCAGUGAUGGUAUAGCAUCAGUAAAGAAAUCCUGGUUUUCUAUUCUUCAGGACUAUAUUGAUCAACAGGUUGAUGACCUUCUGCUGGAAAAGGCAGCAGAGAAAUAUCCUUUCAAUCCUCCCAGAACAAAAGAAAGCUAUUACUACCGCCAGGUCUUUGAAAAGCACUACUCAGGGCACAGCCACUGGCUGCCCCACUACUGGAUGCCACGAUGGGUUAAAGCUGCUGAUCCUUCUGCUCGCACGUUGAAACAUUACAAGUCUGCUCCCCAAGAAUAGCUGUUGAAACAAUCCCCAAACAGAAGUGCUGCAAGCAGUUUGCACACACUUGGCUUUAAAAGAACGAAAAAAAAAUAAA